CAGUAUUACUGCCGCAGAGGAUCCGAGCCUCCCACACCACUCAGCCACUCAUCAUAAGAGGCGGCCUCCUCCUCAACUCCUCGCUCGCCGUUGCUUGUCGCAGAGCUGAGCAGGCGCGCGCGCACGCAGAGAGAAAGAUGCCAAUGGAGAGGUCUGUGUCGUGCGCGCAGAGGAGCACCACGUACGGCCGCGAGGCGGCGGCUGACCUCCGCUGCUACAGCGCCUCCUACGCGCCGCGGGUCCCGUCCAACAAGGUGAAGCGCGCCCGGAGCACCAGCUCGUGGUCGCGCCCGGCGCCCGGGGCCGUGCAGCGGAGCGGGAGCGUCAAGUCCAUCGCCGCACCGGGGUUGAACCUGCGAUCCUACAGCGCCUCCUAUACGGCCUCCUACGGCCCCACCGCCGACGGCGCCGGCGCCGGCGCCGGCGGCCAGCUGAAGCGGUCCGGCAGCAUCACCAACUGGUCCUCCGCCAGCCGCCGGUCCGUCAACCUCAGGGGGUACACCCCUUCCUUCUCCGCGCUGGACAGAACGGCCACCGUCGCCCCGGCCCCGGCCAAAAAGGCGUCCGACGACGCCGAGCUGCAGCGGAAGAAGCGGCUGGUGGUGUACAAGGUGUACGGCGUGGAGGGGAAGGUGCGGGACUCGGUGCGGCGCGGCGUCAGCUGGAUCAAGAGCAAGUGCUCCCGCGUGGUGUACGGCUGGUGGUGAUCGUCUCCUCUGUUUUCUCUGCUCCUGCCUCCUGGUAUGAGUUGAGCUGUUCAUUUCUUGGUGCACGCUGUCAUCACUCUACACUUUUACCCUCCUGCUUGCUCGCUCUUGAUCGAUCUUUUUCUGUUCUUGUUCUUGGAGUCAGCAUUUCUUUUUCUUUUAGGAGAUUUGGUGGCAUGUAGCAUGAGAAGUGCUUCUCUUGGCGUUUUGUCAUGAUGUUGGGAUGACAAAAUUAAUCCAAGAGAAUGCUUCAGCCUGUGGUGUCCUUGUAUACAUGAUCUUUCCAGUGUACUUACUAAGUAUCUGGCUAUGUAAUUUAGGUACUAUAUAAUACAUAUAUAAUAAGACUUUUUCGAUC